UACAUUGUAUAAUACCACAGCAGUGAAGUGAAUAUCAGUGGUUGUGUUUAAACUUUAGUUGCCAAGUAAUUUAAAAUAAUAAACCGUUGAUCAAUUCAUAAAGAUACACGGUGACUCAUACUGAUUAUACAAUACCUGUGUUGGAUCUCUAAAAAUGGCAAAAAAAUCUGUGUUCAUUACACGGCCCAAUUUUCCAUCAAUUCUAUUUGAAUUGCUGCAAGAAAAAUUUGAAGUAGUUCGCUGGCAUUCAGAAGUAAAACCUUCCAAAAAUGAAUUAAAAGAGCAAAUUAAAGGAAAAUAUGCUAUUGUUUGUUGUGCUCAAGAUAUUCUGGACAAGGAAGUCAUAGAAGCUGCUGGAAGUGAUUUAAAAGUGGUGAGUACACUUUCAGUGGGUCUUGAUCAUUUGGAUCUUGACGAAUUGAAGUCAAAGAGGAAAAUUAGAAUUGGUCAUACUCCCAAAGUCUCUGCUCCAGUUGUAGCGGAGCAUGCUUUAGCUUUGUUAUUGGCCACUGGACGACGUAUUGUUGAUCUGCAUAAUGCAGUUUUAAGACGCGAGUGGAAACCUGAUAACAUGAUUAAAAUGUCAAGGCUGGGAAGAGGAUUACACAAAUCAACAGCUGCAGUUAUUGGAUGUGGUCCAAUAGGAUUAUCUAUUUUGAAAAAAUUAAAAGCUUUUGAUCCUAAAAAUAUUCUUUACUAUGGCCGUAGCAGAAAGAUAGAAGCUGAUGAACUUGGUGCCAAAUUUCAAUCUUUGGAUUUCAUUAUGAAAGAAAGUGAUUUCAUUAUUCUGGCUCUUGCACUGACUGCUGAAACUAAAGGAAUAAUAAACAGAGCUAGAAUAAAUUCUAUGAAACCGAAUGCAAUAUUAGUCAACAUUGCUCGAGGAGGUUUGGUAGAUGAAGAGGCCUUAAUAGAAGCGCUUCAAAAUAAUAAAAUUGGCGGAGCUGGUCUUGACGUAUUCGUAGAGGAACCUUUACUUUUUGACAGUCCUCUGAUUGAAGUGGAAAACGUCGUGCUUGCUCCCCAUGUAGCGGAUCUUACAGAAGAUUGUUUUAGUUCUGUGGCUGAAAUGGCGGCUUUGAAUGUGCUAGCAGUCUUAAAUGGAGAUAAAAUGCCUGCAGAAGUGUUAUGAACUGGAGACGAACUUUAUUUUUAUGGUUCUGAUUCGAGAUUUUGUUUUACGAGUAGAUUUUUAGUGAGAAAUUAAGAACCAAAAUUUUCAUGCUGGAAAAAAUAUACCUACUUAUUACAUAUUAAAAAUAAA